UGCAGCCAUGUACCUCCUUUAUGAUGUUUACAAAACUAUCGGUUCUGGAUGGCCAGCAGCGAGAAAUCAUAGACAAUAGAGCGGUUUGUAAACAUAGACCACGAGCUAUUUGGAGGAUAUCAGUUGCUAGUUGUAGCCGUAUUGAUGAUGGUUACUCUCGUGGCAGCUCAUGGACCCCCAUUGGAACGGGACAACGAGGAUAUCACAAUGGGAAGAAAGAUGGGAGCCAAAUGGUGCGGCAUGGCCAAAGUAUGCAACCACGACCGCGUGCCCAUCUGCGGCGUGAGCCACGCGGGGGACCUCAUGGGCUUCCGAGACCUGUGCGACAUGUUCGACUUCAACUGCAUCAGGAGAAGAAAUUACAAACAAACAGGGUGUCCCGAAGACAAAUCCCAGCUGAGUGUGUCACGCCGGCCCACCAACAGUUAUUACGAUGAUUAA